AGCAUUAAGGUGUGUCCAGCGCCAGGUAAGAUAUUUAAACCAUUGGAUCCAUAGUCAUCCAGGAUAAGCAAUCUAUCUACAGGAGUCUGCAGUUGCUUUUUCAUUGAACGGCUCAUUAUCAUCGCGUAUAUAUUUGACUUGAAUGCUGACGCGGCAGCGGAAGUGGUAGCCCUCGUGUAAAGCCCUCCUCGUGUGAAGACCUACUUGUGUAAAGACCAGCGAGUCUACCUGUGCGAGUCCACCGAGCAAGGACACCGACAAGGCGCCACACAACAUAGCACUUAAGUAUCUUGUUAUUGUAUCUCUAUUAUUUUCCUUCUAUAUACUAACAUGUCUACUUCACGAAUAACACAUGCCUUCAAGCACAUCCCUGUUAUCUGUUACAGACCAUUUUCACCAUAUCGAUGCAAGACCAAACGCAACCCACACAACCUACGGCCACUUUGCACUUCAGCACCUGCUCCGCUCUCUUUCUCAGUGGGACUCUGGAACUGCCAGUCAGCUGUGAACAAAGCUGACUUCAUUCCAGCCUUUGCCACGCAGUCCACCCUCAGCAUCCUGGCACUGACAGAAACAUGGAUACAUCCAGAGGAUACAGCAACACCUGCUGCUCUCUCCAACAACUUCUCCUUCUCUCACACCCCUCGACACACAGGUCAGCUGACAAACUUUCUUGAGGAGUUGGAUGUCCUGCUUGUGGUUCUUGGUGAUUUCAACAUACACCAAGACAAGCCCCAGGCCACUGAAUUGAAUACUCUCCUGGCCUCAUUUGACUUGGUAAAACUACACACCACAGCAACUCACAGAUCAGGCAACCAGCUGGACCUCAUCUUUACACGCCAGCACGUGCUACACCACCCAGCCCCUGGCUGUCUGACGUCCUUCGUGAAAAUCGGACUGACCUCAGGGCAGCUGAGAGGAGAUGGCGGAAAUCUAAAGAUCCAGCAGAUCUAGAACAAGCUGCUGGAUGACAAUCAGUCAGGCUUUAAAAGUGGACACUCCACCGAGACUGCCCUGCUGUCUAUCACUGAGUCGCUGAGACGGGCGAAAGCUGAAUCCAGAUCAUCCGCCCUGAUUCUACUGGACCAUUCUGCAGCCUCUGACACAGUCAACCAUCAGAUCUUACUCUCUACCAUCUCCUCGCUGGGCAUCACAGGAACUGUGCUUGACUGGUUUAAUUCCUAUCUCUCAGGUAGUACUUACUGGGGUACUUCAGGGAUCAGUGCUUGGGCCACUUCUCUUCUCUAUAUACACAACAUCACUGGGACCCAUCAUUCAGGCACAUGGUUUCUCUUACCACUGCUACGCUGAUGACAUGCAACUCUACUAGUCUUUCCAGCCCAACGACACCACAGUGACUGCUCGAAUUUCUGCCUGCCUGGCGGACAUCUCGGCCUGGAUGAAGGAGCACCACCUGCAACUCAACCCAGCCAAGACUGAACUCCUUGUCUUUCCAGCCAACCCUGCUGUUGAACACAACAUCACCACGCAGCUGGGUGCAACUACAGUAACGCCUUCCAAAUCGGUCAGAAAUCUAGGGGUAACCAUCGACAACAGACUAAAUUUCACAGACCACAUCUCAAAGACCGCAAGAUCAUGUAGAUUUACACUCUACAAUAUCAGGAAGAUAAGACCCUUCCUCUCUGAACAUGCCACACAACUGCUUGUCCAGUCACUUGUCAUAACUAGACUGGACUACUGUAACGCUCUCAUUGCAGGCCUCCCUGCAUGUGCAAUUAGACCCCUCCAAAUGAUCCAGAAUGCAGCAGCACGUCUGGUCUUUAAUGAACCAAAGAGAGCACAUGUUACACCACUCCUUGUCUCUCUCCACUGGCUGCCGGUUGAUGCACAUAUCAAAUUCAAGGCUCUGAUGCUGGCAUACAGAACAGUCACUGGGUCUGCUCCAGCAUACCUAAAAUCAUUUAUGCAGAGCUACGCGCCCACUAGAAGCCUGCGGUCGGCAAAGGAACGUCGCCUUGUUGUACCAACACAAAGAGGCACCAAAACACUUUCCCGGACUUUCAGCUUCAUCGUACCACGUUGGUGGAACGACCUUCCCAACUCCAUCCGUGAAGCAGACUCACUCUCUGUCUUCAAAAAACGACUAAAAACACAUCUUUUCCAUGAGCACUUAACCAGUCAUUAAAAAAAAUACAAUAAUUUGUUGCUCUUUAUUCUGUUUUGAAUACUAUUAUGAUCCUAGUGAUACUUUGUAAUACAGCACUUUUCAUACCACUGUCUCCUAAGAUGAUUCGCUUAUGUUUUCCUCUUUUGUAAGUUGCUUUGGAUAAAAGCAUCUGCCAAAUGAAUAAAUGUAAAUGUAAAAGAACUUUUAUGUAUUUGGUAGAUGAUUUUAUCCUAAGUGACUUAGGCUUUGCUCUCAAGUUUCACAUUUUAGCAGUAGGUGUGUAACCAAUGACCUUGAUGUCCAUCCAGCUGAGCUACAGAAACGCAUCAUAUUUUAUUAUCUGUUCAUUAAUAUUGAAUCUACCGAUAACUGCUGCUAAUUGUUGGGCCUCUAAUAUGUAUUUAAUGUAUUGUUUGCAUUUAUUACUUAACCUUUACAUAACAGCCAUUUAAUCGCAAGUGAGAAAUCCACAGAAUUUUAAGCAUACUUAGA